AUGCCUGAAAACGCAAUCAAGAGAAAAUUAGUUAUCAUUGGAGAUGGUGCAUGUGGUAAAACAUCAUUAUUAUAUGUGUUCACACUGGGAAAGUUUCCUGAGGAGUAUCACCCCACUGUGUUUGAGAACUAUGUGACAGAUUGCAGAGUAGAUGGAAUCAAAGUGUUACUAGGUUUAUGGGAUACUGCAGGCCAAGAGGAAUACGAACGAUUAAGACCAUUUUCGUAUUCUAAAGCGGAUAUAUUAUUGAUUGGGUUUGCUGUCGAUGAUGUAGAAUCUUUAGAAAAUGCACGAAAUAAAUGGGCAACGGAAGCUCUUAGAUACUGUCCCACCGCUCCUAUAAUAUUGGUAGGAUUGAAGAAAGAUCUUAGAGAGAAAGGACGAAAUGAACAUGGCGAGAAAGUUAAAAUGGUUGAUCCAAAAGAUGCCCAAGAGGUAGCAAGAGCCAUUGGUGCAAAGAAAUAUAUGGAGUGCAGUGCGUUGACGGGCGAGGGGGUUGAUGAUGUCUUUGAAUUAGCAACUAGAACAAGUUUACUGAUGACGGAAGACCCAGGUACAAAAUGUUGCACUUUAUCGUGA